ACAACUCCAAGAAAAAUCCAAAAAUCAGUUCCUCUCACUCUGAUCUCUCUCCUUUUUUGUAAUCCCCCGUGCCCAGCCACCUACCGAACUGUUGUCUCUUCCCUGUCUUCCUCUCUAUAAACUCAAUAUAAAUCAUCCUGAUAAUCCCAUAAUUAUAUAAUUUUAAUCUUUUAAAAGAGUUUUGAUACUGAGAGAGAUGGGUGUUGAUCUUGAAUCUGUGUCAGAGGCAACAUCAGGUGCUAUUGGUUCACUGCUAAGCACAACAAUUUUAUACCCUCUUGAUACGUGUAAGACUAAGUAUCAAGCUGAGGCUCGUGCUCAUGGACAGCAAAAAUACAGGAAGCUUACUGAUGUUUUAUGGGAAGCAAUAUCUACCCGACAAGUUCUUUCAUUAUACCAGGGCAUAGGAACGAAAAAUCUGCAGUCCUUCAUUUCACAGUUUGUCUACUUCUAUGGGUAUAGCUACUUUAAAAGACUAUAUAUGGAGAAAAGUGGUUUUAAAAAGAUCGGAACAAAAGCAAACUUGAUUAUUGCUGCUGCUGCAGGGGCUUGCACUGCUGUUAUCACUCAGCCCCUGGAUACAGCCUCCUCAAGGAUGCAGACAAGUGCCUUUGGCAAAUCGAAAGGACUAUGGAAAACAUUGACUGAGGGCAGCUGGAGUGAUGCAUUUGAUGGCCUCGGCAUCUCUCUUUUGCUGACCUCGAACCCUGCAAUUCAGUAUACAGUAUUUGAUCAGCUGAAACAAAAACUAUUAAUGAGAAACAAGAACGGUGCAGAGAAGACUGCGGUAACCCUUUCUGCCUUCUCAGCUUUUGUUCUGGGUGCUCUCUCAAAGAGUAUAGCCACCUUUCUGACAUAUCCUGCAAUCAGGUGCAAGGUAGUGAUUCAAGCUGCCGACACAGAUGACGAUGAAACUAAGAAAGCUCAGCGAAAGUCCAAAAAGACAAUUUCUGCUGUCAUAUGUGCUAUAUGGGAAAGAGAGGGAAUUUUUGGCUUUUUCAAAGGAUUGCACGCACAGAUCUUGAAGACUGUGCUAAGCUCAGCAUUGCUUUUGAUGAUCAAGGAGAAAAUAGCUGCAACAACUUGGGUUCUUAUACUUGCAAUUAGAAGGUAUCUCUUUCUCACAAGGGGGAGACUAAAAAGUACCUGACGUUGAUUCAUCUAUGGUAAUACGCUUGAAAUUCUUUGUAGAUAGUGUUGCGUAUUUAAUUCCAAGAAAAUGGGAGGAUUUUACAAGACCUAGUUCAAUUUCUAGAUAGGAAGCUCAAAUCCAGACGAAUAAAUACUCUUUAGUUAGAGAGUAACUGUGAUUUUAGCUGUCCUACAUGACGUAUCCUUGGAAUGAGGAAGUUCCAAUUUGAGAGAAAUAAUUUAAUCCCGGAAUAUUUUUCUACAAAGAGACCAAUUAAGUUGUGUAAUUUAUUACUUGUAUUGUUUGAAAUGCAAAUUUAUAUUCUCCCUAUCA